AUGGCUGACCGGAAACAAGGACAACAGGAAGCAUUUAUAAUAAAUUGUCGUCUAAUGCCAUUUUCUAAAGCUUUUAUUCGACUGGAUGAUUUAUUUGAUUAUAUUAUUCCAUAUAUAAGUACAAAACAAAUUAAAGCAUUAACGAUAGAAGAUGGAAAUCAAACAUAUUUUCCAUCUCAAUCUGAUUUAAUGAAAUGGUUUUUUUCUGAUAUUAGUACAAUAAGUAGCCGUUUGAUUCAUCUAUCACUUCAAACAUCGGAGAAAUACCUCAGCAUUGAUCGAUUAAAUCUUAUGUGUACAAAAAUAUUUCAUUUAACAAAUUUAAAAUAUUUAUCAUUGUUUAUCGAAAAUUAUACAAUACCAACGUUUCAUGAACUUGAACUACGAUCAUAUCAACAAUCGUCAUCAAUUGAAUAUUUAACAAUCAUAAACAGUGGUUUCCACUUUAGUGAAUUGAGAUUGUUAUUUGCCUAUAUGCCUAAACUAAAAUAUUUAGAUCUAAAUUUAAUUAACAGAGCUACUCUGUCCUCGCUUUCUAUUGGUAUCUUAGAUAGUUCAAGGUCUACUAAUAGUCAGAAACGAUCAUUUUUGAUACUACAAGAUUUAAAAGAAAUUAAAUUCGAUUUUGAUAAGAACGAUAUUUCAAUUGAGGAGAUUAUUUUAUUAUUAACACAAAUAACAAAAUUAGAAAAAUUAACAGUUAAUAUUCAACACAGAUUUUUCAUCCAUGAAAUAUUAACAGAAAUACUCUUUAGUGCGUCCUUACCAUUACUAAAAACAUGUCGAGUUUCAUUCAUUGAAAUCCUGGAUCAAUGGUUCCAUCAAUAUCCGGCGUGGUCACUUCUGAAUGUAUUUCUAGAACAACCACUGAUAAACGAUAUAUAUUCACAUCUGUUGCACCAUUUGUAUUUUGAUACAGAACAAUAUCCAACAAUUAAUAUUCGAAAUAAAAAAGAAUUCAAAAAAUGGCAGAAACUGAAUGGUGAUAAAAAUCUCUUCGAUAUUCAUCGAUCAAAAGAAGAUGAAUUAACAAAUGAAAAAUAUUUAACACGAAAAAGACAAAAUAGACAAGAAAAAUGCCCAAUAAUCAAUAGAUCAAAGAAAACUAUAAAAAAAUAUUGA